UGGGUAUAUUACCCCGGCCUACUACUGUUCAGAUGCCCAAGACACCACCCUGGUACGGGGCCCAUUUGGCGAGGCCCAUUUAGGCUUACCCGGCUUAUUUCGGCCAGUUGGACCGAAAGAAUAGAAGUUAGGCCCAUUUAAGGCCCAACCGGCCUUUCCGGCCCAGAAGAAGAGGGAACCCUCCCCCUUGGCUAUAAAUAGGAAGCUUGGCUUCCAAAUUAAAGAUCUGAUCUCUGCUUCUCUUCUCCCUCCCUGCUUAUUUCUUCAUCUUUAUAGCUGAGUUAUUCAAGCUUCAUUAAUGGAGUUAUACUGUUUUACUAUGUAAAUGAGUGAUGGGAGGAUAUUAAUGAGAAAGAGCGGGCUUGGACGUUAGCCUAAAAAGUCCCGUGGUUUUCUCCCUUUCCGGGUUUCCACGUAAAAAUAGCUAGUUUAUACAGUUUUAUAUAUUUAUUCACUUUUAUACCGUAUUAAUCGUCCUUAAUAUCCGAAGUUUAUGUUGGGCUUCCGGAUCUACGGGACAAAACCUCAACAUUGGCGCCGUCUGUGGGAAAAGAUCAAAAAGAUUUAUGUGUUCUUGAUUUUCUACAAAGAUAACAAGCAAGGGGAAGGAUUUUCGAAAAACGAUGAAUAAAGAGCUCCUGGUGAAGAAUCCAGACCCAGUCAAGCAGAUGGCCAUCAAGCAGUUGUUCUAUGUCCUAAGAAACUGGCUGGGACCGAAGCAGAAGAUCCAACGUGAACCAGUGAACCAGCCAUGGAAGCCUUCCAGGGAAGGAUGAAGAUGCAAAAGGGGCCCACACGCCCACCAACUUGAGAUAAGGAAAAUAUCUUUCCGAGGAAAAGCCUGACAACACAAGUGGGGAGCCUGACAAGACAAGUGGUUGACUUGACAGGUUCAUCGUUAUCCAAACAUGAAACACCGAAUGCCGGACUAGAACUUCCCGAACGUCCAAGCUAAUGAGCACUGCAUCCCGAAUGACAGCUUCCUGGAAUGCCCAAGAAAAAACCUGACAACACUUUUUUGAUGAUUUGACAUAUUCAUUGUUAUCCAAAAUCAGCUUUGCUUCCCGAACGCCGAACGGCAUAAGAAUAUGAGGCCUGCUAGGGGUACACACUUUUUGUACACAAAAAGUGUACACUCGUCUGUCUCCCACAGACAAAUUGUCUGUCGCGAGAUGAGUUGUCUGUCCCACAGACAACUCAUCUCGCGACAGACAAUUUGUCUGUGGGAGACAGACGAGUGUACACUUUUUGUGUACAAAAAGUGUGUACCCCAAUCUUUUUUCUAAGAAUAUUGAGAGGAGGUUGACCCCGGACGACAGAUCAGGCUCAAACACUACGGACUAACCCCAUCAGGAUUUGCAUGAACGGUGUCCUGGUAUGACCGAACAGACAUGAUGAACGGGGCCAAGUUAUGAUGACACCGAAAGGGAACAAUCUCGACAGCAGCACCUCCUGCUCAAGCAGUGUGGCUGCUCUGGCAUCACCAUAGCUUUGAGACCACAAGCAAGCAUCUGUCUGGGACCAUCUGAAGAUCCACAUCCCGGACAGGAAUUCCCGGCCAGUAGUCCAGUACAGUGGCGCAUGCCAGACGGACUCAAGCUGAUCUCAUGACCGACCCGUUCGAGCAACCACCCCCGAAUGGUAAACAGAUCCCGUUCGGGCAACCGCCGGUGACCGGUCAGUUUCCGUUCGGAUAGGGAGGAUAGAUCCCGUUCGGGCUAACCAACAAGGAUAACAGGGAGGAAGAGAGAAACGACCUGAGUUCCCAGCCUGACACAUUCCGCCGCCCAACUAAGCCGCCCCUCUGUGCCGUGCGGCACUUGCCGCUCAAGAUUCUGGAACACAGCCGCUCAGACUUCCCGUUCGGCACCAGGUUGAAUUUUGAUAAAUGGUAGUCUUAUGGCUGGGAUGAGGGAGCGGGUAAGGCUCCGAUCGAUGUACUCCAUAUUGUGCAAGUGGAAUUUGGGCACAAAUUGAAUGAAAUCCAAGUGAGGGGUUUUGACUUCCGGAAUUGAAUUCGGAAGCAGUGAUAUACCAAAGCAAAAUAAUAUGUCAACGGGAGAUGAAAUUAGAAGGAUGGGUUCCAGACGUUCCUUUAGAAGUCAAACUUAAAGUGAAAUUGGGCUGGAUCUUACUCAAAGAUUCAAAAUUCUCUCCGGGCCAAUAAAUUUGUCUGGCAGCUGAUACUCAGCCUUAUUCAGCUAAGUACCCGACCUCUCACUUGCUAGUUAAAUUUCAAAUCUAGUUGAUAAGGGCAUUUAUUAUCACCAUAUUUUAUUAAGGGUUAAAAUAUCCCGAAUAAAAUAAGGACCGAGUGAAGUCCCAAUGAUUAAGUACACUUCAUUUAAAAUUAAAUGAUUGAUUAUAGUGGGGGCUAUUGGCUUACCUCAAUCGGCCUUAAUUAGCAGGCGGAGCAUUUGUGGACCCGCUCGGCAAGGGCGGUUCACUCAUGGAAAUAUUAAUGGCUUGAUGAAGUAUUAUCACUAUUAAGUACACAUCGCCAUGAUUUGUUUAGUAGGGAUUAGAAUAUCCCGAGUUAAAUAUUAUCAAGGGAAGCUCUGAUGAUAGAUAUUCACCGUCAUUUUAAAAUAUUAAUGACAGGUGUUAGGGAUUAAAAUUCCCGAACAGAAUAGUACCGAACGGAGUUUUUAUUAAUAAAAUCACCAACAUUUUUAAAUGAUUGGUUUGACUGGGCGUGUCGGUCCAUCCCCGAUCGGCCCAAAUGAUAUUGACUGAACUGUCUUUGGAGGAUGUUAUCCCGGUGACACGUUUUUAAAAUUCGAAGCCACCCAUGGAUCUGUUCGGCAUUGGUCGGACAUCCAUGAAAAUAUUAAAUAAAAUGAUGUAGUAAUAUUACUAUUAGUUACACAUCGCCAUUAUUUGUUUAGUAGAGAUUAAAUUUCCUGAAUUGAAUAAUGACCGAGCGAGACUCCAGUGACAAGUCCAUUAUCAUUUAAAAUUAAAUGAUUUGGUUUAAUGGGCCGACCGGCCAACCCGCGAUCGGCUAAAUAUAGGCGAUCGGAGUGCCCCGAAUGGUAUUACUCCGACAACGCACCAAGUACUCAUGCAUGAGAGUAUUCAUUGGUUGAUUAAAUAGUAUUCUUACUAUUAAUUGCACACAUCAUUACUUAAUAGGGGUUAAAGUUCCCGAACAGAAUAAGAGCGAACGAAGUUUUGUUGAUAAAAUCACCAACAUUUUUUAAAUGAUUGGUUUGACUGGGCGUGUCGGUUCAAACUAGCUGACUGAACCGUCUCACAAGGGCGUAGCCCGGUGACAUGUUUAGGGACCAUUCAUGGCCCCGAUCGGCAUUAAAUGCCAGGUCGACAAUUGUACCCAGUACGGGGUGAAAUACGUACUUUAAUUAGCUGAAAGCUUUCCUGAGAACGCCCGGGAAACCACUAGGUGGUUCUGAGAGCGUAUGGGCAGUUCAAAAGAUAAAUCUAGGCCAAGGGUUAUUAUUACCACUUCGGCCGGUAGUCAUGAAGAAAAAAUAAAUAAAAGGAAAUAUUAUACAUGUGUAAUUGUAUAUGCUUGUAUAUAUUGUUCGGCCGUACGGCCGCAUUACCAUGCUUAUUGUGCAGUAAAAUUUGUUCGAUAUGCUCGAACGGGGAAUCAUGAAGCACAAAGAUAUCUAUGAUGCUCGGCAUGAAGCACAGAGACAUUCAUGACCGGCAGAAAAGAAUCACAUUCAUAGGCGUUCGGUCAGCCCGAACGGGGAAGUCAUGAAGCACAGAGAUGUUUAUGACGUUCAGCAUGAAGCGCAAAGACGUUCAUGAUUGGCAACAAAAAGAAGGAAUAUUUACAUUUAGAGCCGUUCGACCAGCUUGGACGGGGAGAUUGCGAAACGCAGAGAUAUUCGUGGCUCGAAAAAAAAAAAAAAGAAAAGAAAAAAAAAAGAAAAGAAAAAAAAAGAAGAGUGAGGUUACUAGUGUGUAGAAGGAAUCAUGGACGAUUGAGAAAAGAAGGGACUACAAAUGUAUAGAUGUCACCACACAUGAAGGGAAGUCCUAUGGACUGUACGAUACACGAGCUUUCAGAUUACGCUACCUGACUGGCAAUCCGGCCUCCGCCGUUUGGCACCUAGAGCAACAUUAUGGGCUGAGGGCGCCUGUAAGACCCUCAGAUUUAAAGAUCGGCCUCCCAGCGCCGACUUCCCUUUCACCACGACUGAUCUUCCUGGCUCGGCGUGAUGAUCAUUUGGAAGACCGGCCUCAUUUCUGCUCCUCACGGAUGAGGACCGUUGAUUAUUUGUUUCUGAUCGGCCCCCAGCGCCGACAUCAUUACAUGGCCACCGACCCUUUGGUACGGUGCCCUUAUCAUAUUUGAAGACCGGCCUUGUCCCCGCACUGCGCAGAUAAGGACCGUUGCUUGUUCCUUUCCGAUCAGCCCCCGGUGGCGACCUCAUUACAUGGCCACCGACCCUCUGGUACGGUGCCAUUAUCAUAUUUGAAGACCGGCCUCAUCCCCGCACUGCGCGGAUAAGGACCGCUGCUUGAUUUUCAGGAUUGGCUACAUUUUGGGGAUCGCUGCCGCAGUUGCUGCCGCAGUUGCUGCCGCUGUCCUUGAGCAGAGGGCGCUCGCAAGACCCUUGGAUUUAUUGAUGUUCCUCAUAUCAUGAUCAGCCCCACAGCACGACAUUAUUUGCUUAGGAGGCAUCUUCACAUUCCAUAAAGUCUCACCUCGAUCGAUAGAUACCACUUGUCUCGAUCCAUGGGGAGCCACCAUCUCAGCACAAAAAAAAAAAAAAAAAAAGAUGCAGGUUAACCAAGCCCGGACUCAGCUUGGGAGAUGGUGUAAAAGAUCUUGAGUAGGACGAACCGGGCGGCAUCCGAAGUCAUAGGGUGACCGAGCGGGGGAUCGAGACUCUGGUCUUAAAAUCUUGCCUUGGCCAUACAGCUCGCCCGAACCUUAUGGUGGUGGAACCCGAGCUGUAUCCUGGAGGCGAGUCUCCAUUUUGGCAGAGAAUAAAGGGGAGACCCGGAUUGGGAGCCUUAUUUUCAAUGGUCCAGGAUGGACAUCUCAACCUCAUGAUAUGGAUGACCCCGGACGGUAAAACCGACGGUAUGCAUCGGAAUUAUGGGCUUGGAAGAUGGCAGACACUACACAAAUUGUGAAACUGUCUUGCAGCAAGAGGUGAUUGCCUUGCGGAUAAGAAAGAACACGGAUGAUAACACGAACAAGUUACAUCAGCCUUGGGCCUACAAGGCAGCAAGAGGUGAUUGCCUUGCGGAUCAGGAAGAACACGGAUGAUAACACGAACAAGUUACAUCAGCCUUGGGCCUAUAAGGCAACAGGCAGCAAGAGGUGAUACCUUGCGGAUCAGGAAACUACGAACAAAUGGCGUAAAUAAGCCAAACAGCUUGCACCUUAACCCUGGUGCUGACUUGUAGCAGAAAUGACCUAUUAUCCAGAUGAUCUGACCGCUUCUGUAGCUCUACGAUCAGCCACCUCGGCACGACGUGAUCAUCGUUGUACAUCAGACCGUUCUAGUGGGACGAACGGUCGAAUGGAACUAUUGUUUGGAACGACCAGGGGAGAAUGACCCGUUCGGCGAAGGCGAGCGAACGGGGGAUAUAAUUGGCUGGGAGGUGAUGUGAAUUCAUGAUGGCCCGCAGUGGUCUCGAGUCAAGUCCAGGUCUGUCUGAGUCGAGUCAAGUCCAUGUCCGUCUGAGUCAAGUCCAGGUCUGUCUGAGUCGAGUCAAGUCCAUGUCCGUCUGAGUCAAGUCCAGGUCUGUCUGAGUCGAGUCAAGUCCAUGUCCGUCUUAGUCAAGUCCAGGUCUGUCUGAGUCGAGUCAAGUCCAUGUCUGUCCGAGUCAUGUUGGUCCAUCCUUAAUCUAGGAUGACGAUCGCUUAUUUUAUGCAGCACGUUCGGGCUCCACAGCACCGUCGUGCCUGGCUUUCUGGCGGGCUCGUCCAUCCUUGCUAUAGGAUGGCAACCGUCGCUCUUAUGCAGCACGUACGGGCUCCACAGCACCGUCGUGCCUGGCUUUCUGGCGGGCUCGUCCAUCCUUGCUAUAGGAUGGCAACCGUCGCUCUUAUACAGCACGUACGGGCUCCACAGCACCGUCGUGCCUGGCUUUCUGGCGGGCUCGUCCAUCCUUGCUAUAGGAUGGCAACCGUCGCUCUUAUGCAGCACGUACGGGCUCCACAGCACCGUCGUGCCUGGCUUUCUGGCGGGCUCGUCCAUCCUUGCUAUAGGAUGGCAACCGUCGCUCUUAUACAGCACGUACGGGCUCCACAGCACCGUCGUGCCUGGCUUUCUGGCGGGCUCGUCCAUCCUUGCUAUAGGAUGGCAACCGUCGCUCUUAUGCAGCACGUACGGGCUCCACAGCACCGUCGUGCAUGGUUUUCUGACGGGCUCGUCUAUCCUUGCUCUGGGAUGGCGAUCAUCGCUUUUAUGCAGCACGAACGGCUGGCUCUACAGCGCCGUCGUGCCUUCUUCUCGGUCAAGUCCACCCAUGCCAUUCAGGGUCGGGACUGCCGUAUUAUGCAGCACGAGUGGGUGGCUCUUCAGCACCGUCGUGCCUAGUGCGGAAUUGCACAUCCCUUAUACUUGCACUACAAGGCAAGUCAUACACUGAUUCAGUGAAGAUAGGGAAGGACGUGAACGAGAAUAUACUUUCUCGAGCAGAUUCACAGGCUCACUACUCAAGAAACUGGGGGACUUGUGUUGGGUAUAUUACCCCGGCCUACUACUGUUCAGAUGCCCAAGACACCACCCUGGUACGGGGCCCAUUUGGCGAGGCCCAUUUAGGCUUACCCGGCUUAUUUCGGCCAGUUGGACCGAAAGAAUAGAAGUUAGGCCCAUUUAAGGCCCAACCGGCCUUUCCGGCCCAGAAGAAGAGGGAACCCUCCCCCUUGGCUAUAAAUAGGAAGCUUGGCUUCCAAAUUAAAGAUCUGAUCUCUGCUUCUCUUCUCCCUCCCUGCUUAUUUCUUCAUCUUUAUAGCUGAGUUAUUCAAGCUUCAUUAAUGGAGUUAUACUGUUUUACUAUGUAAAUGAGUGAUGGGAGGAUAUUAAUGAGAAAGAGCGGGCUUGGACGUUAGCCUAAAAAGUCCCGUGGUUUUCUCCCUUUCCGGGUUUCCACGUAAAAAUAGCUAGUUUAUACAGUUUUAUAUAUUUAUUCACUUUUAUACCGUAUUAAUCGUCCUUAAUAUCCGAAGUUUAUGUUGGGCUUCCGGAUCUACGGGACAAAACCUCAACACACCCCAAGAAGAAGAGUGGUGAAGGGAAAUAUGGGAGUAGGAAUUCGAAGUAUUAAAUAUGCAUUAGUUCUAAUUAACUCCAAUUUAUUUAUGUGAACAUUAUUGUCAAUUCGGAUUAUUUUCAUGAACACUUUCAGUAGAGAUUAUUAUUUUAGAAUUCUUGAAAGUAUAAAUGAUUUCUAUUAAUUUCACCUAUUUUUUGGCAAAUCUUUAUGAUAUAAUUAUAAAUAAUUCUUAAAUUUUGGAAAUAUAAGUGAAUAUAUAUUAAAGGUUUGAUUUGUGAAAGCCUCUUAUUAUUAAUAUUUGAUAUUCUUAAAGGCCUCAUUAAGCGUCUCAAAGAUAAUAGCUAGCCAUCAAAGCUUAACUUACCUCUUCUCAAAUAACCGUUUGAUUGAUUCUGAAGCCCUUAGGGAUAGAGUCUCACCAUUUUUUCUUGGCUUAAAUACGUUUUUAGUCCCUGCAACUAUGACAUAAUUUGGUUUAAACCCCUGUAAAAUAUUUUUCUUGUUUUUCAUCCCUGCAAUAUACACUAUUUUGUUUUUAGUCCAUAUCUGAUUCUGAAACUACUCUACUUACAAAAAAGUUAUUGUCAGUUACAUAAAUCUACUAGGAAUAUUUAAAUUCUUCCUUUUAUAAUUUUUUUGAGGCUAAUAUGAGAGUUAAAACGGUGUAAAACUGAGUAUUCACAUUUUAAAAAUAUAUAUUAAAAACCUUCUAAAAAUUAAAUAAAGUACUUUUUUAAUAACAUGACAAAGAAUUAGAGGAGAUCUAUUAAUCGGGGUUAUUUUGAGGUCAAACGGAGAUUGUUAUCAUUAGUGAUGGACUAAAAAGAAAAUCAACCUAAAUUGCAGGGACGAAAAACAAAAAAUUAAUUUUGCAGAGAUGUAAAACAAAAUGUACUAUAUUUGCAAGGACUAAAAACAUAUUUAAAUCAAGCCCAAACACAUCAAAGGGCGUUUACCAUAUGAUCCAAAAACAUUAAUUAAGUCUUCUACCACUGAUGCAAUAACUUUCAGGGAUGUAGCGGCUGAGGGAAAAAACCUAAGCGCCAGCGGCGAUCUCGAGCUGCAGCCAAGGUUGGGUUUGAAUUGGCAAGCAUUGUGACUCGCGUGCGCAGGUCUUCUCCUUUGGUACUCCAUUAGUUGAUUUUCAUUUUUGUUUUUUUUUUUAUUUUCGGGCUGUGUCCCGAGCGUUUUGAGCCAACACCUGUGAACGAGAUAUGGUUUAUGUUCUGCUUUGGAUUGAUGGUUGGGGUGCUUCUCCGACGUCGAGUUGGUAGUGGUUCGUAGUUUUGUAGUCUUUGUGUUGCUGUUUCUGUGUGCGUCGCUUUGGUUGGAGUAGUUCUAUUUUUGGUUGUAUUCACGUUUUGUCAAUAUGAAGAUGAUUACCAAGAAUUAUAGUAUGAUAUCCAUUGUUGAGGAAGAUAACAUGGGUUUGGUGCUAGCAACAAGUCCAAAAAGAAGUGAUGAUGUGGCAGUUGAGGGAGCCCCAUGUUCAACUGUGGCCAGAGUGGUUUCGGACAAACUCAUUCGGGCUGUUUCGUUCUGUCAAACAAUAACUAUGGUUUGGCGGCCAGUUCAGGGAGUUUCAAUUGAUGAGAUCGGGGAUUCCAAAUUCUUUUUGCAGUUUUACCAUGAAGGAGAUCUUAGCAGAGUCAUUGAUGAAGGGUCUUGGUCCUUUGAACAAAACUUAGUUGUGGUCAGGAGUGUGGAGCGUACUGGCAGACCCCUUAAAGUUUCAGUGGGCCAUGCUGAUUUAUGGGUUCAGGUGUACAACCUACCGAUGGGAAGCAUGACGGAAAGGGAAACUCGAGGGAUAACCAAUAGUAUUGGAUCGUUUGUUGAUAUGUUCGUAUUACAACACGCAUUUGAUGCAUGUUGGGAUCGGCUUUUGAUGGUUUUUCUAGCUUUUAGGUGUCAUAAAUCUCAAUAUUAGCUCAAGUUAUGUUUACCGGGCAUUGGUUCGAGUUUUGUGUUGUUUGGAAUCAAAAUCGGGAGAUUAGAGUCUGACACUGGCACUUGAAAAGAAAUCGGGAUGAGUCAAGAUGAACUCUAGAGAGAUUUGAGAGCUUUGGAGGUCAUUGGGAGGUUCACGAUAUAGAUUUGAUGAUAAAUGAGCUCUAGGAUUGACUACGGGAUCAAAAGAAGAUGAAUAGAGCUUGAAAACGGCGUUCAUGAUAACCUUCUGUCAAUCAUUCAAGCAUAUCUUUUUGUAGAAACAUCCAAUGUACACGAUUUAAGUUUCAUAUUCAAGCUAACGUCAAGGGAUACAAAUCAUAUGAAUAUAGUAUUGCGAGAAUGUGAGAGGAGCAAGGUGAAAACAGACAAGAAAGUCAGAUAACUGUUGUUGAGAUUUCAGGAUGCGACCUUCCACCAUUUUAUUCAUAUCUUCUAUUUGGAAGACUCAAAUCAAGUUUUGUAAGUUUUGAUGGAUAGAUGACUUCAUUAUCUACAACUCUCAUGAAGGAAGAAUUGUCAAAUUCGGAAGGGAAGGAGGGCACGCCGUGUGCCCGAAGGCAGGCACGUCGUGCGUGCCUAGAAGAUGACCCGGCGAAGAAAAGAGCCAGGCACGGUCAUGCCUGACCAAUAGGCACGCCGUGCCUGAAGAAGAACGGAGCACCCAGCCCCUGGAGGCCACGCACGGUCGUGCCUACCAGGGAGGCACGCCAUGCCUGCCUUCGGAAAUCCUAAUUUGAUGCGAAUUUCUCCCGUUUUCUUUAAAUAAGGCCUCCAUACCUCUAUUUUGAGGUGACGGAGCUUAGAGAGAGUGCCUAGCACAAAAUUUAGAGAGCUUUUCAGAUUUGUUCAUAAUAUUUUGGGAUUCUUUGUAAGUUCCCUCUUUUUAAUUAGUGACAAUUAAUUCUUUUUUUCAAAUCUAUUGAUAUUUCAAUUAUGAAUUGUGAGUAGUUUUAAUUAGGGAUUUGAGAUUGAUGAAGGGAUUAUUCAUUAUGUAUGGCUAGUUUCUUGAUGGUAUAACUUGCAUGAAUUUUUAUUUAAUUUGUGUAUGCAUGAUUUAAUUGAUAUCUCUUGUAACCUAGAAUGACCACUGGAAUUACAAUUGCAUGUAGAAUAAAUUAAGAGAGAUCUAGUUUAUUCUAAGACACCUUCACACACACUUAAUCGUUCGCUAAGAUAUUAGUAGCGAUUAAGGAGACAUGAGCUCACUUGUCUUGGCAAUAAUUUAGGAUCCUGUCGCAUGAGAGAUCAGCUUAGUCCUCUAAAUUAUUGUACUCUACGCCGCGAGAGUGGUAAGAACUUAGUAAUGAUUAGAGUGAACUCCCUAAAUAGGACUAAAAAGUGGCAAAAUUGCACAAAUAGGACUACAUUUUUUAAAUUCCCUUAAUAGGACUAUUUAUGGGUGUUUGGACAAAUAUACCCUUGUAACUUGUGAAAUGUUUUAAUUAAUAAUAAAAUCAUACAAAAAUAAUAAAAAUCGAAAAAAUACUAAAAAUCGUUAAAAGAUAAUAGAAAAUUAAUAAAAAUAUUUUUUAAAAAAAUCAAAAAAAAUAUUUUUUUUUAAAAAAAUAAAAAAAAUAAGAAAAACGUAAAAUUAAAAAAAAAAACAUUACCACCCCCUGCCACCCCCAGCAGCACCAGCUCCCAUCACUGGAGAAAAAUAUGCCAACAUUUUAAAUAAUGCCAUAAUGAUGGCAUAUUCAAUGAAAAUGUUGGCAUAUUGAAGAGUAAUUAUGCCAUUUUUUGGCAUUUUCAAAAAGAGAUGACAUUUUUUACCAAAAGUGGAAGAUAUUUCACCAAUCGGAGGUGGUGGUGCUGGGAGGCGGUGGGAAAGGUAUCCAUAAUUUUUUUCCUUUUUUAUGGGUUUUUACUAUUUUUUAUUAUUUUUUAAAAAAAAUUAAAAAAUUUAAAAAUUAAUUUUUUUAUUUUAUAAAUUUUUUAUAAAUUUUUUAUAAUUUUUUUU